AUGGAAAAAGAGUCUUCUGAGUCUAAAAGCCAGUCUGAAAGUCCACAUAAUUCUGAUGAAGAUCCUCCAGAAGACCAACAGAGAAUUCUUGCAGGAUGCACAAUGGCACCCAAAAAAGACAAGCAAAAAGAGUCAACCAGCCAAUCUAAGUCUUCCCAAUCGCCUUCCCAGUCGCUCCGAAUCCUCCCUCCAUCCAUGAGUCAAAAUAAGCCAGAUAUUCCCAAGCAGGUGGUGCCUUAUCCAGGUCACCCACCAAUCUCAGUUGCCACUCCAAUCUCAGUUGCCAAUAGAUUUUCUUCUUUAGGCUCCACAAUUGGCCAAAUACGCCCUAGUUAUCAGUCGACCCUAAUCUCCAGUUAUGAUCCCUUCUUUGGUGUUUCCCCUGCUGGACCUUCAGUUGCCUUUAAAAAGUCAUCCCCUUAUAUGCCUAAAAGCAUUUCUCAUUUAUUUGUUCUUGAGCCAAUUUAUGAUGUUCAUUCUGAUCCAGCCGAAAUAGCCAAACACUAUUUUCCUCCUGGAUUUCAUUAUAUGCCUCCCACCAAAUAUAAAGUUCCUUGGAUCCUCAAAUGGUCCUACAAAGUUGACAAAGAUACCCGAGUCCUUGCCCGCCAAUUCUCUGUCAAAUGGUGGGAUAAAUUUGAAGUUGAAAGAAUUGCCAAAUAUGUUUACAAUGAUCUGCCCCAAGAGCCUAUUCAGCAUCCAGUCUCCCCUACUGGUUCGACCCGAUCUUCCCUCUCAGUCGAAGGAAAAUCGAAGUCUGAACUCCAAGAAAUUGCCCGCCAGUUAAUUAUCCAAGCCUCCCAAAUGGAUGAUGAUGAAGACAAUGAUUCCCCUUCAUCGUCUAGUUGCCAGCCCAUGCAAAGCCCUGCCAAAAAGAAGUCCUGGUUUGAAGACAGUCAAGACCCAUAUGAUGGGUAUGAUUUGAAUUCUGACUAA